UGCCUCCCUCACUUCCUCGCGUUCAGGAAAAGAAAAAGAAAAAAAAGGGCGAGUGAGAGAGAGUCUGAGGCCUAUAAAUGGGGGCAUCACUAAACUUCCAGUAGCGACGAUAGUUUCGGUUGGUCAAACGCAGAGGCCUUUUUAUUAUCGGCAUCAUGAACUCUACAGCACAAGCGCUGCUGUCCUGUGUGCUUCUCCUCUGCGCGCUGCUGGAGGGGAUCCUCUGUCGGAGCGGACAUUGCACCGGGAAACUGUGUUCCUUCGAAACUCUGGGAGACUUCCAAGAUUCAAAGAAAGCCUGCGAAGACACGCACGGAGAUUUGUUCAAGUUUAGGCCUGAAGAAGACACGAAGGGAUUAACGAGUGCAGUACGUGGGCUCGCCAAAAAAUACUGGGUGCACAACACCUUCACGGCAGGAGCGGAAAACUGCUCCGCCGUCUCCGUGAUGAAGGGACGGAGCGUGGCGGCGUCGUGGGAGCCGUGCGGCACCAAACUGGACGGAUUUCUGUGCCAUUAUAACCAUGGGGAAAGCUGCAGUCGUUUACAGGCUCCAGCGGGCGCGGAGGUGAGGUACAGGACGACUACGGGAUUUGAGGUGACCGAUUCAGAGACGUUUCCACUGGGGAUGUGGGCUGAAACGAGAAAGGCUGGCGGUGAGCACCUGGACGCGAGGUACAUGUGCGCACCCUCCUCCGGCUGGCAACGAGCUCCCUGGAAAUGUGAGGUGAUGGGCGGCGGAUGUGAGGAGAGCUGCAGCCCCGCCACAGACACCUGUGCUUGUCCCGAAGGACAGAUUAUCCACGCGAACAACAUCACCUGCACAUCGGAUGGCGCCAAGAACUACAAGCUGGCAAAGGACGAGAAGAGCUACGAGAAUGUGCAGCAGAAGGUGAAUGUGUGCGAAGAGAGGAACCCCUGCACAGCUGAGGGUGAGAAAUGUACAAAAAUCCAGGGAGAAUUUAAAUGUGAGUGCAUAGACGAUUUCGAAAGAGAAAAUGGACAAUGUGUGAAUGUCUCCAUCUGUUCAAAGUGUGAGCACAUGGACUGUCGCAAGUUCAACGGGGUUUACCAGUGUUUUUGCAGGAAGGGGUUCAAGGUGUCAGACAAAGAUCCUACAAAGUGUGAGCAAGACUGCACUGAGAGAGACUGCCCGGCCUCAUGCCCGCAUUCCACGGACCAGUGCUUCUGCCCCGAUGGCUAUGUCUCAGACAUGAGGGACAACACGACCAUUUGCACUGACAUAAAUGAAUGUGAGCACCAGCCAAUGUGUGAUCACAGGUGUGAAAAUACGUAUGGUAGUUACAGGUGUUUGUGCGACGAAGGGUUCUGGCUGCAGGGGAGGAACAAGUGUGUGAAAGAGGAUUAUAAGGAGGAUGGAUCGGGUUCAUCCACCGAGGUCAUCCCGCGAGCCAGUAUCCCGGCCACCAUUCAGCCAGCUACACUGCCCUCUUACAUCAAGACCGGCAGCGUGUUGGGCAUCUCCGUGUUCAUGGUGCUGUGUGUGGUGCUGCUGUACUUCCUGGCCCGAAGCAUGUCCAAACGUUGCAAAACAAUUCAUCUUUACACCUUCAAACCCCCCGAUAUCGACAUUUUCUAUCUGCAGCAGGUGACCACGGACACGUACAAGAGGUUUUCCUUUGACAAACAGAUCCGAAAUGACUCACAAAGAUUGUAACGGAGGCAUGGACCGUCUUUGUAUAGCUGUUUUCUCCACAGAGAGGCCUAGAGUGGGACUUCAUCAAUCUUGCACUGUAAUUCCAUGGUAUACAUCACUGCAUUUAACAACAAAGUUGGGAUUUCGGAGUUGGGAUUGUAACGACAAAGUGUCUUUAAUAACUUUCUUCAGGGAGUCAGUGAUUUGGUAUUGUGCUGAAGAAAAAAAGACCUCCUUGGUUGUACCAAUUUAUACAGCUCUAAAAUAAAAACAAAGAAGAAGACUCCAAAUUCUAGAAAUAAUGGUACUUAAAUGGUUAUUUUCUCUAAUUACAGUGCAGCUUCCAACAAGCCCAUGAUAUAAUUCUGCAGAAUUCAAAUCCCAUCUCGUAUAUCUGAAGUGAUGUAUUAUCAUUAUCAGUUGCCAUAAACACUAUUUUUGUCUUUACACUUUGAAACUUGGAGAAAGGAUCUAAAGAGAUUCAGUUUCAGCCAGAAGUUCAUUACCUGCUGGUCAUUCACUGUGAAACUGAUGCUUACUCAAAGCUGUGAUUUGGAUUUAGAGCGGACUAGCGUGAAAUCAAAAACAAACUCUAGCAUUCUCCUGAAAAGUUGACGGACUGAUGUAAAAAGUCAGUGACGGGCUCACGGGUCCACCCAGUGACUUAUUUCUCCAAAAGGAUAUAGUCAGUUGCAAAGUGGUUUCAUCACACAUGUGGCUCUUUAUGUAGUGAUUUGUGCCAUAAUGAACCACUUUAGCUAUGAUAAAAAAAAACUUGUAAAUACCACAAUGAUAACUCAGUAUUAAUGGAUUUACAGUUUAGUCUAACUACGUGUAUUAGAGCAUUAUCUCGGUUGUUGCUGAGGAGUUAACCUGCUCAAUAACUGCUUACACUGAAAUGUACACGAGAGUGAAUUUACUACACUGAAAUGUACAUGAGAGUGAAUGUACCACACUUUACUGUGUGACAGACAUAUAUUGACAGAUCACACUGACAUGAAUGUAAAACGUGAAUGUUCUGCUAUGGUCUAUGGUCUACCUAUGUAAAGGAACACCUCCUGAAAAUGUUUAACCACUGUGUAACAGUCCAGCUACAAGCUCUCACUUUGUGGUGUCGAUAUUAAAUGAUGAUACAUGCUA